AUGCAGUCCUUCCUAACCUCAUCAUCACGCAAAUAUUUUCAUCAAUCCUUGAAAUGUUUAUCUUUUUCACCCUACACAAAUGAUAAAGAUUCUCAGACACCGACAUUAUUGGAAGCAGAAUUGUCUUCACUCUAUCCCAAAAUCAAAACCACUCAAAGUUUUUCAGUCAUGUAUAGCAGUCAAGUGUUUUCGGAUUUAGCUCUUUCGGAUCCUCUCUAUUAUAAAAUUAAAUUAAUUUUAAAUCAUUCAUUAUUUCUUGGAGUGGAUAAACCAAGUAGGAGAUUUUUGCAUGAAGAGUUGAAACAAAAUGGGCCUGAAAUUGCAUUAAAAGUUCCGUUACCGUCCAUCAUGGAUUUAGUUGGAUUUACUGAACAAGAACUGUUUGCAGUUGACAACAAGUUGGAAAUUUAUCAACAGAAACCGGUGUCUUCACCAUCCUCAAAACCCUCUUUGGAGAGCUUGCAUGACCACUGCAGUGCUUUGUGUAAAAAGAUUUAUUAUCUCCUAAAGAUAGAUGAUGAGAGAAAAGCUGAUAUUUAUUUCAGAAGAUUGUACAUCAAGCUAAAAGAAUUAGGGUUUGAAACAUUGGAGGCACAACAAGAGCAUCCUACUGUUUGUUAUUUAUAUAACAAAAGAAACUUGAUUGAUGCCGAGAAAGAGUUUCUCAAAUGCAACGGUGAGCUCAUGAAACUACAAGAAACAAUGUCUCCAACAGAAUUCCAAAACAAUAGAGAGAUCAAUAGAAAAAAGGUACUUGAUGCUUCCAAAGUGGAGUUGUACGCAAAAUACUUGAUUGGAGACUUACAGUUUAGGAAAGCACUUUAUAUGCUUGGAUUAGCAGCUGACGUUGCUGAGUUGAAUAUUGAGAAAUAUUCAAAACAUUUUAAUGAAACAGAAUUAGAAAUGUUGAAAAUGGAUAGAGAGCGUCGAUAUUAUCAAUUAGCUCAAUUAUACACAUAUAUUGCUACUCUGACCAGAGAAUAUUCCAAUUUAACCAAAUAUUAUAAUGGAAGUGAUCAAGUCGCUUCUUACACUUUGGAAAAUACGAAAACUUUACACACAUUUUUAUUGCAAUCCUUCUCGAUACAGGUUAAGAAAGAUCGCCAGCUGAAACCAGCAUUUAGACAAACCGCAAAUUUCUAUUCAUUCAUGGCAGGAAAAAACCUGAGAGAACUGAAACAAAAGUGUCCUUCUAUUGAGAAGAAAUAUCCCCUCAUCAAAUUAUUCCAUCAACAAUAUAUGAGAUCCAUGUUGCCAUCAAGAAUUAGGAAACUACUAAUUGUGCUCGGCAUUUGUUUACUACUGUUUGCCAUAAAAAAAUUGUGGGAUAUUCGACAACAACGUAAACAAGAAGAAUUGGAGUUUAACAACCAAAAGAAAGCAUACACCUCUGAGGAACCAAAUCGUCACAAACUUGUCGAUGAUGAUUUUUAG